ACUUCCAUAAAGCGACCACCUCAGAAUCCAUUCCUCUGCACAAGAGCAAGAACAGCAUCUAAAGAGAAGAGGAAGGAGACUCUCCUUUCCUCUGUUUCUUUUGUUCUUAAAAAUUGGAUUUUUAUUUUUAAUGGAGAAAGAGAUCCGAUCUCCGAACUCCUCGCCCUCCAGCAGCAGCAGCAGCAACAAUGGAGUGAGCUCAUCGCCGGCGCCGGCGCCGAUGGUCACUCCGAAAUCGACGCCGAGGUCAGCCGACGCUGCGAAUCCCUACCCUACCACGUUCAUUCAGGCCGACGCCGGAUCCUUCAAGCAGGUCGUCCAGAUGCUGACCGGCUCCUCCGACACGGCCGCCAAGCAGCCGCCGCUUCCGCGGCCCGCCAAGAACGGGAUCUCGUCGGCCGUGAAGGCCACCGGGCCCAAGAAGCCGGCUUUCAAGCUCUACGAGCGCCGCGGCAGCCUCAAGAACCUGAAGAUGAUGAGCCCUAUGAUUCCCAGCUGCUGGAGCCGUGAUUCCCCCCUCGGCGGCUCCGCCGGGUCAUCUCCGCGCAGGCAGCCGACGGAGAUCCUCUCGCCCAGCUUGCUCGACCUGCCCUCUUUGACCCUCAGCCCCAUCUCUCCCUUGAACACGGAUUCCUUCCACCGUUCGCUGCCGCCCAAUUCGCCUUCGGCGUUGGCGAUGUCGGCCGAGGAAAGGGCGAUCGCCGAGAAGGGAUUCUACCUUCACCCUUCGCCGCGGACCACGCCCCGGGAUGCGGAACCGCCGAUGCUGCUGCAGCUUUUCCCGGUGACUUCUCCGCGAGUGCCUUCCGCCUCCGUCGCCGGCUCUUCUUCCUGGAGAUGAGAUGCCCAUUUCCUUGGCAAUUCAAUUUGUACAAUUUGAGCUCCUCUCCAUUGAAUUCUGCAAUUCGAGCUCUGACCUUGAUCCAUCAAAAUCUCAUUUUUAUCGAUCGGAAAUUCUAUUGUUCAUCUGUAUGAAUUAAUUCCAGUGCUUCUCGACAUCAUAGCUUAAGCAAUAAACAACUCUCAAAUUGUCAUUUCCAUCCUGUUUCUUCCACCAAAAUUGAUGUUUUCUUGGAUGGACAACCAGUGGCCGUGACUUUUCUGAUUUCUGCAACAGCGCAGAAUUGCAGACGCCAUGAACAAUGUUGUGAACGAAGAGAAGCAGUGUACCCGUCACUUUGGAGUGUGCCCGUCACUUUGGACAAAUUGCCGACAGCUCUAAGAUUCCCUUCUCAUUCACCACACAGGUUGACUUCGAAGUGAAUGCAAGCUUUCAGUAAUCAGAAAAUCUUCUGUAGAGAUUGAUGAUGCCUCGUACCUGAGUAGCUUUACCAUGUUCAGUUACAUUGCUUCAGUUGAGUUCAUCUGAAUUAGCUUAGCAGGAAGCAUUGAUGCUGUAGAUGUCAUUUGACCUCUCCAUUACCUGUUCUUUCAGCUGAAAAUUGACUUUGCUGAUCUUCUGAAACUGUCAAAGCUGAUAGAUCAGAUCAAAGUUAAGAACACAUAAAAUGCUGUUACUUUCCAUUGGAGAUGAUCACAUACAAACUAACCAAUUGUGGCCCAUUUUCAACAGGGU